AUAUCCGGAUUGGAACUGGCUGAGUCGAGCCUGUUAGUGUGAUGGGAAACGAAUCAAGUAGUGUGGCUCUCUCCCAAUUUAAAGUGGACGAAAGUCCGAUCCUAUCGGCUCAUGGGUGGUCCUUGCAUCAUGCUCAAAAGGACGAUGAAGCACUGACGGUGUUUGUCGACACUUUGUCAUCGUCAUCGGAUUCCCUUUUAAGGGUUUUGGAAACGAACUUAAAGUUGUUUCGUCACCCAAACAUUCUAAAGUUUGUGACGAGUUGCUCCACGAGCGGGACCUUGUACCUCUUCACCGAGAAAGUGUAUCCCUUGGGUGCCGUUUUGAACCAGCAAACUCCGAUGCAAGUGGUGUUAGGCCUGUACGAUGUUCUUACGGCUCUGGAAUUUCUGCAUAAUCGGGCAAAACUUUGCCAUAACAACCUCAAUCUCCAUUCCAUCUUCGUGACCACGAGUGGGCGAUGGAAGUUGGCUGGAAUGGAGUUUGCCAAAAGUAUUCACGAGAUGAAUAACUCUUUCCUGCAAAAGAAUCGGGCCCAAAGAAAUGAAAGCAGUGUUCCUCCCGAGGAAAACACCCCAGAUGCGUUAAAGAACUCUUUGGCCAGGGAUGUUUUUGGCUUUGGAGUCCUAGCUAAAGAGGUUUUGUCGAGUCACGUUCAAUCAGAGUUUGACACUUUGAUGAGCUUUUCCAUGUUCAUUUUGGAAAGAAUGCUCAAUCCCAAUCCGGAUCUAAGGCCGAGUUUGAAAGAAAUCCAGAGCCAUGCCGUAUUUCAAUGCAAAUUCAUCGAAAUAAUCGAGUUCCUACGCCAUUUACCUCUAAAAAGCAAAUCCGAAAAGGAGGCCUUCUUCUCCGAUCUUCUUCCCAAAUUGUUUGAGGUCCAAGAUGAGCAAUUAAUCGGCCAACACAUGUUUCCUUUACUACUUUCCCGAGUUGUUUUACUUGAUGCCACCGCUGUCAAACGAGUGAUUCCAUCCUUACUAACUCCGUAUGAAGCUCACAGUUCCGGUGAUCCCAGGGGUUUUCAACCAAACGAGACCUUGAAUCCCGUGUUGAGUUUGCAGGCUUUCAAAGACCAUGCGGUUCCAAUGGUCCGAAAAAUAUUCCAUGUCAGGGACUACUCGGUGCGAACGGUUCUUCUUGACCAUUUUUCAUCUUACUGCCACACCGUUCCCACUGUGAUCUUGGAGGAAGAGAUCCUUCCACUGUUAUUAAUUGGCAUGAAAGAUAUCAACGAUGAGAUGGUAGCCUCAACAUUGCGUGCUUUGGCGGAGUUGGUUCCUAUUCUGGGCGCUCAAGUCGUGGUCGGAAAGAAGCAAAGAAAAGUGUUCAGCGACGGAAAGCCUCAUCAAGCACCAAAUGGAAUGAGGCGAAAGUCAUUUAAGAGUUCGUCGGUGAAUACAGAUAUUGUGGUUAACACUCGACGAGAGAAUGGUUCUUCAAGUCCAGAGUCGGGAUUGACUUUGCCGUCUCACCGGCAUUCACCCAUUGGAGCUGAAGAAAGUGAGCCUGAGACGGACCCCAGCAAAACGGAAGAGAUCCUUUUCAGCGAGGACAUUUGGGAUGAUUGGGGCGAGGAGGCGGUGCUUAAAGAAGAGGUGCUUCCAUCCUCCCCGAUCAAACGCGAUGAUAGUCCAUUGCAAAUGGAAGAGAUCAACCCUGUUCAUUUGGCCAGAUCGAUUUCAGGCCCGAUUCAAGCAAUAGUUCCCAUAACGGACAUCACUGAGAUAGAUAUUAAGGUGUCAAAACCGAAAAAAGGAAGUCCGGAAGUCGAUUUCUUUGCUGAUAUGGAGCCCGAAAUCAAACUCAGAGGCAAGAGUUUGUUGGAACUUGAGGCUGAAAAUGCUAAAGAAAAUAGCGUAAGAUCAAAAUUUGAAGUUGAAGCCGAUUCCGACGGAUGGGAUGAAGAUGGAUGGGGCAAUGACGAGAUUAUUGCACUUUAAGAAGGCUGUUGUUCACCCCUGGUUUCAUCCAAGGAAAAUUAUUUAUAGCACGUUAUUUUAUUGCACUGCCUUAGAUUUUCUACCCUUAUGUUUGAAUGAUAAGUUUUUAUUACUGAAAUAAUAAAGGCCUAAAAUUA